AUGAGCAAGACUUUUUUGCGAGCUCUUCUUUGUAUUUCGUUCAUCGGUUUUGUCUCUGCCGAGCACGUCUGGCAGCCGAAUCAACUUCCCCUCGAGCGCCUCGUUGCUCAGAUUAGAGCUGAGCACACCCGCGACGAACAGGUAUUUUUCGUACAAAAAAUUUAGAACUUUCUGUUACCAAUAAUUUAUACGCAUUGGCCAUAAAAAAUUACUUCAAAAAUUUAAAAACACUUGCCCGCUUCUCGUAGUCAGACAUAUACAUUUUUACUGCUCUCCUUUUUUCUUGAUUUUUCCUUAUUUAUACCCAGACUGAUUUCCAACGAUUUUACUGAUUUCUGUACACCAACGGAAAGAUCACCGGCGGCAUUUAAAAAAAUAUUCAAUCAAAAUAAUAAAAAAAUAUUCAAUAUAUCAAUCUUUCAACGAAAUUCGGCAAAAGUGAUGUCAUCUUGCAGGUGUCACCGUUAUCUCAAAGGAAUCCUCAUCGAUCGGAUGAAAACUGGAAACUCAUGUUAUUCAAUAAAGUUUGAGCAUUGUUUCUAUACUCUAUGGUGUCAAUUGGAAAAAAUCGUAAUCUAAAUAAUUAAGAAGUUCUCGACGCUACGUCUCGUCCACAUAACUUCGUUAGACAAAACUUUUUUCACAUGUCAAAUUAGAACGCUUUCGCAACUGAAAAGGCAAAAAAUUAAAAAUUUCUCUUUUUCAAACAUACUAAAAAAAAAUUACAGUCUGAUUUUGCUGAAAAGCCGAUUAGAAAAAAACGAGUUCAUUGAAAAAAUUUUCCCGAUUUUGAGAUUUUUACAAGGGAAGGGACGUCGCAGAUCUGGUCCGAACCACCGUGGUGGAGAGUCCUAGGUAUGAGUACUCAAAAUGAAAAAGUAUAAUCUUCAAAGCGCCAGAGGGUACUGAGAAAUAGCCUUGUACACAAUGCACGAAAAAAAAAAGCUUAAGAACUGAUUCUAUUUGAGUUUUUUUCAAGGAAAAAGCUUUUUAUCGUGUUUAUUAAGAUUCAGUAAAGUACAGGAAUUGUUCAAGAAACUGAAUUUCCAAGAAAAUCGGUUUCAGAACAAAAUAAUCGGUGAAAUAACCUCAACGUUUUUUCCCCUGCGCUUCAGCUGCCUUCUAUGGCGCAGUGAUUUGAUUUGAAGGGACUCUAUCGAGUAACGACUGAUCCUUUUACAUUCACAGGUCACUCUCUUUUUUUAUUUAUGAAAUAUGCGAAGUUAGUGACAACAACUAUCGGCCAGAAGUCGCUCAUAACAGAGCAGGAGCAGCCGCCAACAGCUGUUCUCCAGCUUCCAGUUUGUUCUCUUCCCCAGCCUCGAUUUCGCUCAUUUAAUGGUAAUUAUCUGUUUUUCACUUUUUAAUAGUUAAUAUUGUUAGGUGGAGCGAAGAGUCAUGAAAAAGACUUGAAAAAAAGUAUUGUACUUUCAAAUAACUCAAUUAAAUUUAUAUAAAAAGAUAUAUAUAUAUAUAUAUAUAUAUAUAUAUAUAUAUAUAUAUAUAUAUAUACAUAUAUAUAUGACUUCUGAAUUUUCAAAGGUUUUUUUAAUUAUAUUGAGCAUUAAAUCUGCCAGUUUAUAUUGGAGAUUUUUGGGUGUAGUCGCUCCAAAAAACCAACAUGGAAAACGGCAUGUGUUUCUGGAGAAUUUCCGGAGCCCCAGGCUAAGAAUACAUUUCGCUUCUUUCUCACAACUCCACGUUCUUAAAUCUUUUGUUUCUCUGCAAUAUGAGAAACGGAAAAAGAUCCUCAUGAGAGACUUUGAAUAAACUCUUUUUUCUGAUUUUUCGAAUCUUUCUAUUUUUGUGCACUGUUUUACCUUAGUGUUCCUAUAGUGUUUUUGUAUUUCGAAUUUCAAUUAUAAAGACGUCAUUCAAAAAAGCUCUAUGGGUGGCUCGGCCUGUGAUUGGUUUGUUGCGCCAUUAGGUAUGGAGCUUGAGCGACGACUUGGCAUUCAAAAUCUGAUCAAACUAUAAUUAGAGACUGCAACCGAAAUUUCAAACUUUUGUUUUUUUGAGCUUAAAAUUAUUUUUGUUAGGUAAAUGCUUCAAUUUCCUAUUCAAUACAGCUUAUUUCUCGAAAAAAAAAAUGAUGAGAAAAGGAACGAAAAAGCAUUAAAAACAGUAACUUUCGACUUUUGAAGUCAUAUUAGAUCAUUCAAUUAUGAUAGUCUAUAGACUGUUCACCUUCGGCGAAAGGCCGUGACACGAUCUGGGCUCUCCAAAAUCUUCCUGUUUUUUUAUAUUUUUUUAAUCGUGUCAACACCUUUUUUUGAUAGGACAAGACAGCCGUGCAACGGUUGUAAGAAUUCCAUCAGUAGAAGCCAAAAAUACCGAAGCAAAUGGUGUGAAAAAUGAGUUUGAAGUGAAAUAUUUGAUUUAUAUAUUUAACUUUUUAAAAUUAUUAUUUCACCAUGAUUCUUGAUAUAAAUGAAAUAAAGGCAUGACUCUGAUUUUCGGGAGACAUAUAUUUCCGAACAAAACGAAGUUUUUUCCUUGAAGUUCAUUCCAGUUGACCUACUCACUGGAUUCCGACGGAAGUGUACCGGAAAGCUGUUUAAAGAGCUGCCCUUGGACAUUUAUUUUCAUUCGCUCGCUAUCCAAUUUGUGAAGUGGCUGUCUUUUCGCCACCAUGUGCGGCAAAAUAUUCCCAUCCGUUCUCUUCUCGUUGCUUUUUCAAUGUUCUUGCAAGGUCAGAAUCAGGACUUCCAACCUUUGUUGCAAAACUUGUUCAUGUCUUAUCCAGUUCUGAAAGUAAAGUCCUGCAACUUGUUAAGAUGGCGUGUCAAGUUCCUGAAAGGCUAUUCAUAAUUCGUUGUGAAGUUGAUUCACGGCUAGCUUGAGUCGAUGAAAAAGGGUCCUGACACGAUAAAAAGAGAUAAUGUCACCUCUUUUUGAGUCCCAAGCUUGACGUGAAUCGACUAUAGCCAAAAUUGAAAGUUGCGGCUCAACAGGCAAAACAAAACGUUUGAUUCCACUGUUAGUAAAAAUUGAAAACAGGAAAAUUAGAGACUCGAAAACAGGUCAUUUGAAGGCAAUAACAAGUUUUGGGACUCGAAAUUUGUUGCUUCGAGAUUCAGUCUCCCAAAGGAAUAAGCCCAAGUGUUUCUUGCUCGAUUGAGGCUUAAUAGGAUUUUCUCUCAAGCAUUCCAAAGUUUUUUGUUGCAUUUUGAAAGCUCUCUCAGGACAAAUUUAGGGCGUGGCUGAAUUGACAACAGCAGAAAUAGGAGCAGGACGAUGUCCUCUUCUUUUUCUUCUUCUUCUUCUGCUCCUUCCUUCCCAACGUCGUAUUGACCCGCCUAUCCGCUUAUUAUUGUUCUUUUUAAGGCCUUUCAUCUCCCUCAAAACGUUCAUCUUAUUUUAGCUAUAGAUGUUAAAAAGUCUAGAUCUUUCUACUCUUUCUGUUUUCAUUCCUCGAUCAAUUUUUUUUUUCAAAAAUGUUUCCUAGGAUUUAACACAAGUUGUGGCUGUAGAGAAAUUAAUGAUGAGAGAGCUCAAGUAGGAAGAAAAGCCUUUGUCGAGGAUCCACUCAGUCGUACUAAUGCUUUUUAGACGUUUUUUUCGGCUACCAAAUUUCGCUUUUGAUUUAUUCUGUUUCACUCUCUUAAGUAUCUUUUUUGAUAAGCAUAACGUUCCAUUUUUCUCCAGAAGAAAUGAUUUGACGGAAUAGAACAUACUUUGAAGUCAAUCAGAUACCUAUACUCCCAAUAACAAUCUUUUUUGAAUGUUUGAGCCAUAUUUAAGUUAAGAAACGUGAGAAAAUUGGGCAACUGCCUGAAACUCUUGUCACGAGGGUCGAAAAGCUUUCAGCGAACCUUCGAGGCAUCUGGUUUCAUUCAGUUUUUCACGACGUUGCUGAACAAGUUCGUAUAUUUAAAUAUAUUGUAAACUUUUUGAAAACGGAUUGCGACGAAAAUUUCAAUCUCUUAAAAAAAUGUUUCCUUCAAAUUAAAACGAGCGAAACUCAAAAUAAUUUUUAGUUUCCAAAUAAUUUUGAAUAAGCUCCGUUUUUGAAAAUUUUUGACACGUAUACACAUAGCGUUCCUCCAGAUAUUUUUCUUAUAUUUAUCCAUUGUAUAUAUAUAUAUAUAUAUCAUAUAUAUAUAUAUAUUGAAUUUUUUUGAUGAGUUUUUUUCAGUAAACUUUCACUAGGAAAAAUUAUAGCCUGUGUACCACGACUUGGAAUUUUACCAAACGACAUUCCGCUGUGCCGCGUGCUCCCACAACAAUAACAAUCAACUGAAAGCGUGAUCUAGAUUCGAAAGACGCUUCGUGAACGCAUUCAGCGCAACAGCGGAAUGUCGUAAAGUCAAAUUUCAAGUCACGGCGCACACACUAUAAUAGUAUUUUUAGAGCCGCUCAUUUUUUUUGAGAUCUGUUCAAUUCUUUGAUCAUUUUUUUAAAAGUUUUUUUUGUAAACCGAGUCUUGGAAAAUUGGCAAAAAAAAUAACUAAAAAAAAACAAGGAGCGAGAAGCAAGGAAUAACGGACCUCUGUAUGAUAAAAUUGAGGCAGUCGCGAAAGUUCCGCUCAUUAUUUCUGAUGCAUUCCUUGGAUCCUUGGCUUUAGUCUCCAGAAAGAUUUCCACAAAAAACGACUCCGAAAUUGGUUCCCAAACUUCUUGGUCAGAAAAUAAGGAAACGCAGAGUGGAAAGUUUCGGCGAAGCUGCACCGGAGGCAAUUUUGACGCGUUGAAAGCAACAUUUGGCAUCUUUCUUUGCCUCUCGAACUCUCUUGAAACGCCCCCGGAGAGUAAGAGACACCUGCCACUGCUCCUUGGCUCGCGGCCCAUUAGCUCUCCCAGGUGUCCUUCUUCUGCUUUUUCUUCAGAUCUCUCCGAGACUCCUUCGUCAACUGUUUUCCUCAGACCUUUUUUUACGUUUCAGGAUCUCAGGAUUCGAGCAUGUGACUUAUAAACUGAGUUCGACAUCUGUCCUGGCUGAAAUAUCGCUCACUCAGGUGAAAUACAACAUCGUUAAAAAGCCAAUUCGUGUAACCAACUGUGUAGCUGUGUUUUAUAGUCGCAAAAAAAAUGAGAUGUAAAUUGAACUCUUGUAUAGACCAACUCACGUGUGUAGCAUGGCUCCAUGAAUGUUAUACUAUUUCUUCUUCAAGUAUACAUGUUGCUCUUACAUAGAGGAUAGGAAGUCAUGUGCAAAGAAUCGUCGUUAAAAAGUUGAACAGCCUCCAAAUUUCGUCUCUUAUGGGAAGGGCACGCUAACUAAUUAUCACAAAACGAAUCAGUUUUCCAGAAGGCGAUGUCUCUGAACACACCGGACUCGCGUAUGAUUUUCUUUCUCGGCCUCUCCGUUCUUUUUGGCUGGAUGAUCGUCAUCUUGAUCUGCGCAUCGCCACAUGUGAGCUCCAUUAUUUUACUGUCACGGAAAAAUCCAUAAAAAGAUUCGAUGAAUCGGUUAGAGAACUCGAAGCUACAUAGAAAACUUAUGAACCACUUAUAGAUCCCUGCUGGCUUGGGGCCAAGGUCAGAGAGCAAGAUAGUUGCAAAAAGAAUCUUUUUUGAAGCUGAAUAUUUGCAUACUUGAAAAGUACUCAAAAGGAUAUCAGGUGAAACCUUCUAACUCUUUGUAGCAUAUGGUCUUCAGGGUUGAACCGUCAGUAAAGCAGACGGGAGUAAAUCAGGCAGUGGCGCGAAUAAAUUUUUUUUUGUUUCCGCUUGCCUUGAGAUUUUUGACGUCAGCAAGUGAACAAUUGCUGCUGAAGGUGUAUAAUGUACAGCAUAAUCCUUUUUUCAAGAUCACACAGUCAAAAUCCCACAAUUCAUAGUGAAAUAAAAGAAGCCUGCGAUGGUUAUUCAUCAGUCAAUUUAAUUAGAUGUUUUUAUUCCGAAAUUGGAAUCUCAAAGAAAAACUUUAACUGAUAAAAUUCGAAGCCGUCAUCAUACCCACAGUGAAUUUGUUUUUUUCUGUUGAGAAAUUCCGAUCCAGCCGUAGCUUCUUGCUCAGAGCUCCAAAUUAAAAAAGAAAAUUUUUAAAUGUCUUUAACUAACUUAAAACAUCCGUCGAAACUUUCAACGGCGUUUUCAUGACAGAUUUGAAUGUCCUUCAAAAUUUCCCGCUCUGGAAAUACCUAGAAAUCUCUUUGCAACUCUCUAAAACCGUGCCAAACAAAAAUCUGCGAGUUCGAAGCAACGAAAGGCUGUCGCGCUCAGAAUUGCUUGUACAACUGCGCCGCUGCAAAUCUUUCUUUGCAGCAAUAAAAAAAACCAAUGAAAAGUUUGCUGUGAAUGUUUUUUGCCUUUCUCUGCUACUUCAAACACCAAUUUGGUAUUUAAUGAGGCUUACGACUGCCAAAGAGAACAUUCUUCUGAUUUAAUGACUGCUUUAUCUUUUUUCUGAAUUAUUUAUUUCCUUUAUCACAGCUUUCUGGUGUUUUCACAGUGCAGUGUCGAACGAACCAAAACUAAACCUGCAAAAUUUUUCGCCUCAAUGUUUUUAUUCUUCACCUAUGUUAGCUCUAUUUUUCAUCAAGCUGUUUUGGAAUGACUUUAAUCUCUAAUCUUAGCCAACUGAUUGCAGUUAUUCCGCAACUACUUCAAGAAAUGGUUUAAAACGGACGGAGACAAUGUGGCCGAGAAAAUACGCAAGGUUUGAGAAUCCGGAUUUCUUUUCACAACUGAUUUGGCAGGCGGAAGCUCGAUUGGAAGAAACGCUUCGACUGGCUCAGAAACCUUCGACUUUCCUCGUGGACCAGGCAGCCCUUUUGUCCAAUAUCCGAGAGGUAAGUCUCGAGAACCAGAUAGGAACAACUAUUUCGCGUACAGAAGCCUUUACACUGAGUCUUACAAUUUCAGGCUCAGGUCUCGUUGCCUUUGACGCUCAUAACGCAAGAAGAAGAGGAAGAGGAAGAAGGGAUUAUUCAAGCUGAGCAGUGUCUUCCGUCGGCCUCUGCCCAAUUCGUUUGA